CUGCUCAUGUUUGCUUUUUGUUCAAAGUAGUCUAAAACAUUUGAUGUCCUUGGAAGUAUCUGAAGCAAAGCAAUUAAUGGCUAACUUUUCACUGUAAUCCCAACUGAAUGAUUUUUAAAUCUUCCAUCAACUCAUCUUUGUGCUAUAGGUUUAACUGAUACCAUACCAAUAAUUGAAAAAAAAAUGCAAGCAAACUAAUACUUUGGUCUUGCGCUGUUCAUCAGAGUCCAAUUCAUUAUACGUUAUUUCAUCAACGCUUCGUAUGAACCAAUAGCGAUCAGUACCAUUGCAUUCAUUUUUUUCGUUGACGUUGAUUGCGCCUUCCAACAGAACAAUGCUCGAGGUGGAUACUCAAGGUUUGAAGCAAACUAGACACAGAUUUCACGUGGCGGCUCUAUCAUCUCAAAGACGGCCCCACAGUAGCGUCGGGUUUUCUAGAUGGAGCAGUUGGGAGCCUGCGAUGCACACCCCUAGACCAGGCAACGACCACUGGGCCAAAAUGAAGACUGAGGUUCUGAAAUCGGAAGGACUGUUGCCAAGAUUCCCAAUUGCUCUGCCAGAAACAGACCGCUGGAAGUCAAGAAAACAAGAGACUGCUUAUGUAAGCCGACCAAAAACAGCAGCUGCACUGAGCACCUCAAAAACCCAAGAGCAGCAACAAGGAUUCUCGCGGGAUGGCGUUCCAAUGACAAGCUGGGAAAGAGGUACUCUUCCGUCAGUCGGGGGAGGGGGAAUGAGUGGGGAGAUACAUAUAAGGAGGAGGGACUUCCCUAGUCUCAGGAGGAGGAGCAGUGCAAGAGAAACCAACGUCUGGAACAACAGCUACCACCUGAAGGCGAAGCGAGGUCACAUCUACUGGUGGGAAGACCCUGACUUCAAACACGUCACAAUUGACCCGCACGUUAAAUUUGGCACUCCGUUCGGAGCUUACAAGUCCUACUUCGGAAUCGGAUCGUCUCCACUGAAGUAAACUCGCCAAAUAUACUCACUGCCUGCUGCCAAUAAACUAAUAAUCACCUCAAGUGCUCACUUAACAGCUGUUUUUAAAUUCCUUAAACGUCAAUUCAAAAUUUGCUUCAGCUUUUGAGAAA